UCGGCUCAAAAAGUCAAAAAACGCCAGCUACACUCGGGCUGCAUGGAAAUAAGUCGUGGCUGUGGGGGCAACUUGGACCAAUAUCAACAUCUGCAACCAUGUAUGACCAAGACUUGUAUAAUUUCCACACGUCCCUUUUGAAUGGCCUCACAAGCAAGUACACAUAUCCCUAUUGACUCUGGAUGCUAACUCUGUCUCGAGUAAAGGUUUCCGUUCCCUAUUUAGACAGUAGUUGUGUAGUACAUUGGAAGGUUCAGAAUAUCCCCAAUUUAUUAGUAAGAGAGAUCAAUCUCAUACUGGACGAAAUGAAGAAGGCCUGCGAGCGCAUGCCUUCUACAUCUUCCUUUGCAGCAGCAAUUCUCUACUUGAUAAUUGUUGUGUGUUCAAGGUGUAGAUUCGUGCAUGCGACGGAUACUCUCUUUUCAGGCCAGUCUCUGUAUGGUAACCGUACCCUACUGUCCAAGAAUGGUGCCUUUGAGUUGGGUUUCAGCUGCCUAUCUCCUCCAUGCUCAGAGUUUACAUUUGGCAUCUGGUACGUCAACACAUCAACUGGCGUCAACUCAUCAACUUGUAGUGCUCUUCUAGUUUGGUCUCCUCAAUUGCAGGGUUACCUCGUCGCCUUAGACCCUCAGACCUCUGUUCUUAGCCUCUCAUAUGGCAACUUACAACUCACCUCGCAGUUGACCUAUGGCUUUGAUGCUAUUGCAUGGUCAUCAGAAGAGAGACCAAAUGAAUCUACUUCUGCAGUUGCGUUACUUCUUGACAACGGAAAUCUGGUAAUAAGAGACAAAGUGAAUAGUUCAUUGUUGUUCUGGCAAAGUUUCGAUCGACCAUAUGGUACAGUGCUACCUGGAGCACGGCUAGGAUAUAAUAAUAAUAACAUGAUCAUUAGUAGCGAGGCUAGAAAUAAUGUUUCUUGUUUCCUUUCUUCUAACCUGGAGAGGAGUACACACCAAAGAAGAAGGUUUACUGUCUCCACUUCUUACAGCUAUUAUCCCCGCACCUAUUAUCCCGGCGCCUAUUAUUACAUCAGUUCUAUUACGACCACUUAUUCUGACACUUUCCCGAGCUGGAUGGAUAUUCAUGAAGAUGAAGAAUCUUGGUUUUUGUCCAACAAUUCACAUGUAUAUGUACAGUUGCAUCCUGAUGGUACUGUCACUGCUGCUAAACUAUGGGGUUGUGGGACUGUGUUGUGGUCUGCUCAAGAUUCCAGGCAGGAAAAACCAGUAUGCAAGCAAGAAAUAUUGUAUACCAAGAAAGAGAAGUCAUAUCCAAAGAUUAAAAUCGUUGUUCUAAUUACAGUGAUGGGUGUGUUAACCGUUAUGCUUGUUUGUCUUGUUCUUUUCUGGAGAAGGAGAAACAAGCCAUCCCUGGAACUAUCAAUGAGUUCCAAUAGCGGCCUCAAGAUCUUUUCAAACAUGCAAAUAAAGAAGGCAACGAAGAAUUUCUCCGAAAAACUUGGAGAAGGGGGUUUCGGCUGUGUUUACAAGGGGGAAUUGGCAGGUUUCUCUCUAGUGGCAGUCAAAAAUCUAAAAAGCAUCGGACAAGGGGAAAAGGAAUUCCGAGCAGAAGUACAGACAAUUGGCAUAAUUCACCACAUCAAUAUUGUCCGGUUAUUUGGUUUUUGUGCGGAAGGGCUGAAAAGGGUUCUGGUAUACGAGUACAUGGAGAAUGGUUCUUUGAGUUCUCAUCUGUUUUCAAAGAGUUCGGCCGUAUUAACCUGGGAUCUCCGGUACCAUAUUGCACUUGGAACUGCAAGAGGCUUGGCUUAUCUCCAUGAGGAAUGUAAAGAAUGCAUUAUACAUUGUGACAUGAAGCCAGACAAUGUACUUCUUGAUGCAGAGUUCUGCCCCAAGAUUGCGGACUUCGGCAUGGCCAAGCUUCUAGGUCGAGAUUUCAGCAGGGCUUUGACAACAAUGCGAGGGACCAUUGGAUAUCUUGCACCGGAGUGGAUAUCGGGGUUACCGAUCACACAUAAGACUGAUGUUUACAGCUAUGGCAUGAUGCUUCUUGAAAUCAUAUCUGGUCGAAGGAACUCAGAGAAAAUUAAGGAAGGAAAGUUCACAUACUUUCCCAUCUUUGCGGCAAUCAAGGUGAAUGAGGGAGAUGCUAUGUGUCUGCUGGACAGUAGGUUGGAAGGCCAGGCAGAUGGAGAGCAGCUGAGCAGAGCUUGCAGAAUUGCAUGCUGGUGCAUUCAAGAUGCUGAGGAUGACAGGCCGAUGAUGGGACAAGUUGUUCACAUGCUGGAGAAUGUCAUGGAUGUCGAAAUCCCACCUACUCCAAGGUCACUUGAACACUAUGUUGGCAUGGAGGAUUGCUCAUACUAACUUGUUCUAAAUUCUACAUGUUUGUUGGAUAGGCCGGCCUUAGUUAUAAUGCCCAUUAGUCUAUGUUUCUGUUUAUUUUUUGAAGUUUAGUGGAACACAGAAAUAUAUAUGUGGUCUGUCCUGUAGUUUCAAUAAAGCACACAUGUCUUCACUUUAUAC